CUUGGGUGGCUGUUAUUUUGCAACUUGUUACAGUGGUUGUUCAAAGAGCCUGGAGCUGGAGGAAGCCUGGUGAAUGAGCCUAGUCAGCUGAGGACUCCUCUCCUGCUGCUGAGCCAGCGCUGGUUACAGGGUGCUGUGGCAUCUCAGUUGACUAUGGAGGCACCUAUUUGUCUGGUGCAAAACUGGAAAGAGCAGCUGAUGCUAAAUCCGGAGGCUAUAAGGAUUCUUGAGAAGAUAUCUCAGCCUCUGGUGGUGGUGGCCAUUGUCGGCUUAUGUCGUACAGGGAAAUCCUACCUCAUGAACCGUCUGGCAGGACAGAACCAUGGCUUCUCCUUGGGUUCCACAGUGCAGUCUGAAACCAAGGGCAUCUGGAUGUGGUGUGUGCCCCAUCCCACCAAGCCAACCCAUACCCUGGUCCUUCUGGACACAGAGGGUCUUGGUGAUACAGAAAAGGGUAACUCUAAGAAUGACUGCUGGAUCUUCUCCCUGGCUGUGCUUCUAAGCAGCACCUUUGUCUACAACAGCAUGAGCACCAUCAACCACCAGGCCCUGGAGCAGCUGCACUAUGUGACAGAAUUAACACAACUAAUCCAGGCAAAAUCCAGCCCCAGAGAGGCUGAAUUAGAGGACUCUAGUGAGUUUGUGAGUUUCUUUCCAGACUUUGUCUGGGUUGUUCGGGAUUUCACUCUGGAGCUGAAGUUAGAUGGAUGCAUCAUCACAGCAGACGAGUACCUGGAGAAUGCCCUGAAGCUGACGCCAGGAAUUAGUCCCAACAUCCAAAAAUCCAACAUGACGAGAGAAUGUAUCAGAUAUUUCUUUCCAGUACGGAAGUGUUUUGUCUUUGAUUGGCCUACAAGUGACAAAAGUUUAUUAUUGCAAAUUGAAAAAGUUCCAGAAAGCCAACUGGAAUGGAAUUUUCUGGUUGAAUCAAAAAACUUCUCUUCCUACAUCUUCACCAAUGCAAAGACAAAGACCCUGAGAGGUGGAAUCACUGUCACAGGAAAUCGACUGGGGACUCUGGUGAAGACCUACUUGGAUGCCAUCCAUAGUGGGACUGUGCCUUGUUUGGAGAAUGCAGUGAUGAGCCUGGCCCAGCGUGAGAACUCAGCAGCUGUAGAGAAGGCAGCUGACCACUACAGUCAGCAGAUGACCCUGCAACUGAGGCUCCCAACAGACACACUACACGAGCUGCUGAUUGUACAUGCAGAAUGUGAGAAGGAAGCCGUGGCUGUCUUCAUGGAGCAUUCCUUCAAGGAUGAUGAGCAAGAGUUCCAGAGGAAGCUGGUGGUUGCCAUUGAAGAAAGGAAGCAAGCUUUCAUGCUACAGAACGAAGCAGCAUCUGUCAGUUACUGCCAGGCUGAGCUGGAGAAGCUUACAGAACCCCUGAAGGAGAGUGUCUCAAGUGGAGUUUUCUCUGUUCCUGGUGGGCACAGCCUUUAUUUAGAAGCCAAGAAGAAGGUUGAGCAGGGCUAUGAGCAAGUGCCCAGGAAGGGAGUUAAGGCAAAAGAGAUUCUGAAGAGCUUCUUAAAGUCACAGGCUACUGUAGAGAAGUCCAUCCUGCAGUCAGACAAAGCCCUGACAGAUGGACAGAGGGCCAUAGCAGCUGAGCAGACAAAGAAGGAGGUGGCUGAGAAGGAACGAGAGCUGCUGAGACAGAAACAGAAGGAGCAAGAGCAAGUGAUGGAAGCUCAAGAGAGAAGCUUCCGAGAAAACAUUGCUAAACUUCAGGAGAAGAUGGAGAGGGAAAGGGAGACACUUCUGAGAGAGCAGGAGAAGAUGCUGGAGCACAAGCUGAAGAUUCAAGAAGAACUGCUUGUUGAAGGAUUCAGAAAGAAAUCAGAAAUGUUACAGAAUGAAAUAAGUCAACUGAGAGAAGAGAUGGCGAGAACUAGAGGGAAACCCUCGCUGUUUUCACACAUCCUUGACACAGUUGGCAAUGCGUUCAUUGCGGUUUUGCCAGGAGCUGGUAAAUUAUGUGGUGCAGGGCUGAAAGUUCUCAGCUCACUUAUGAAGUAGUCUGAGAGUUCCUGGGAAGGAAUACAUAAAAAACAGGCUUCUGUUGAGACCAGGCUGGUCUACAAGAGCUAGUUCCAGGAUAGGCUCCAAAGCCACUGACAGACCCUCUCUCGAAAAACCAAAGAAAAGAAAAAAACUAAAAUAAAAAAAACAGGGUUCUGUUAUUUUGAUGCCAUAGCCCUAUGCUUUGUUUUUAAAAUACAUGACCUACUUUAAUAGCCAGUGUUUCCAUUAAUUAUUAAAUUAUCAAAGAGACACCACCUUAUUGGGCUUGAAAGUCAGUGUCCAUACAUUAGCAGUUAAUAUCAAGGUUAAAAAUACAAACCAAUGGCUCAAGAAUAUGAGUGUGGCAUCUAUAAAUUCCAUCAAAUUUCAUUGACAUAAUCUAUGUAGUAAAGUGGGAAACUGAAAAGGAACAGGAUAGAACAUGGGAUAGGUUAUUAGCAUGUAUAUUUAUUAAGAAGGAAUACUCACAUGGGGAGCUGAUAACCAGAUUGGCACUCUGAGAAGCCCAGUCCCAGAUGCCUACGAGACCUGGGAUGAACCCCAAGAAAGAGUGAGGGCCUCUCCUCCUUGCUUUUUAUCCUACCUCUCUAUGUACCUGUGACCACGGCCAAAGGGUGUAGUCAGUGGUAUAGGCAUCCAGGGUCUCUCCCUACAAUUCCCCUUUUAGUCUAAAAGAAGGUUUAAACUUGAAAGAAAACUAAAUUGUGACAAAAUGUCUUAACAUAUGUAAGAGCAUACAUCACCGUAAGUGGAGAGAAGACUUUACACAGUAAGACAACUUGUGAUAUACAAAUUAUACCUAAGUUACAAUAUACAAGGAUCUAUAACAGUGUAAGUUGUCUAUAAUUAAUAAUCACUAAGGUGAAUCACAAGAAGAUAUAAUUUACUUAUAUCUCAUCCUAACCAUAACUUUCCCAUCUAAACUCUAAAGCCAUCUGAAAGAGAUGUCCAAGCCUGAACACCUUCUUCCAAACGCAACCGUAAACAAUAGAAAACUAACUGUAACCAGGCAUACAUUUUUCUUAGUGUCAAUAGUGGGGAAAGGGGACAUAGUAUUCUCAGAGUUACUUCCUACUGAAAUGGAAUGACGAUAACCUCAUGGGGUCCCAUAGGAAGAAAAUGUUAGAGUAGCAAAAGUCUCAAGUGAACUAGCUUCAACACUUGUACCCACUCUCUGUUUGGUGGGAGAUGCUUGAUUGAAGUAAUUGAUAGAAGUUCUUAUCUUGAUUGAAGUCCUUGUUUUGGUUGAAGUUCUUAUCUGAACCUCUGUCCAGAGUGUAAUUAGAACAUGCACUAUCUCAGCUAACUGUUCUGGAGUUGUCUAGAGUGAUGUAGUCCCAAACCAGUUUUAGAGUGGUGAUUGUCAGAACAAAUGCAUCAAGUUGGAUUCAGUGGAAUUGAUGAGGUGGGGCCCCAUUUUCGUUCCAGAGAGUUCAGAGAUUGCUGUUAGGAAAUUCUUUGUUUGCUGUGGGGGAACUUAAACAUUAAUAUCAGCACAAAAAUUUCAACUUUUAUAGGUAUGCAUAUCAGGAAGGCAAUAAUAGGGAAGAUAAUAAUUAUGAGGGAACUUAGACUUUCAGAGAAAGAAUAGACAAAUGGCAGUCCCUUGAUUUUUUCUUUUUCGGUCUUACACCAAUUGGCUUCUUGAUAUAAUACAGAAACUCUGAAUUUUGUUUUAACAACAUGCUUGGAUUUACGGGAGGAGAGUCAAAUCCAACUCUAAAGUCACCCUGAAUUGGGACUAAAGGGUACUAGGAAGCAAAGAGAAAUAGAUUCUUGUAUAGAAAUAGUUCUAAAGUUUACCACAUGAUAGAUUCUCCUUUGUUUGGUGGUUCUCUUUGGGUAGCUAUCCUCUCUUUUUUAGGUAUCUAUGCAUUCAGUGUCUUCUUGUAUCAGGGGUACAGGUAUCCAGGGUCUCUCCCUACAGGAAAACAGUCUGAAUACAGUGAAAUUAUUUCUAGAAAGGAUGUAAGUCAAGAAGAAAAAUGGCCCAAUGGAGAAACAUUGGCGAUUUUAUCCCAGUCACACAGAUAAUUCAUUGUGAAUUGCUCUUAUAAAAAGCAACAAGUAGAUUUUCAUGGGACAAAGUAUGAGAAAAAUGUUAGGCUGAUUGAUAAUAAAAGCUGCACAGAUUAAAAUUGUGAAGCUUUUGUGCCAUCUUUGUGUAACAAUAAGUCUUUCUGCCAACUGCCCGAGCCACACUGCCACGUAGGUACCUAAAAUAACACACAGUCUUAUAUUAGGUACAAUGCUGCUGGCCAAUGACUAGGAUUUCUUAUAUGCUUGCUCUGCCUUAAGUAUCAACCAU